CCAAUAAAUUUAGAGGAUCAUUUGAUCUUGGCAAAAACUGAUUCGUUUCCGACCCUGUCAGUCAAACGCAGAUUCCCCAGGUAAGCCUCCUUUUUAAACACUUAGCCAUAGUCACGUGACAUUGGCGUUAUCUCUGUAUGUAACGUUAGUCGUUCUUUUGUCGGUCUUUGAGUUUAUGGGUGUGGCGGCUGGUAGUCAGACAAACGGUCAGAGAUCAAGAAUUAAACUUUUAUAUAACUUUACUGAUCUGAUCUUUAUUAACUCCACACCUAUAGCAACAUGAAGACGAUCUCUUUGCCCUUUUUCAUCUCUAUAUUUAUCAACAGUGUGUUUGGUGAUGAAGUGAAGUCAGUGUCGGUGAUGGAGGGAGAUUCUCUUACUCUACACACUCAUUUUACUGACACAAAGGCAGAUGAUGCGACAGUAGUGUGGACAUUUGGACCUCAAAAAUCUACCAUAGCUAAAAUCAAUAGAGAACCCAAAAGCAAUAAGAUCUCAAUAUAUGAUGAUGUUCUUGAUGGGAGAUUCAGAGACAGACUGCAGGUAAAUGAUCAGUCUGGAGAUCUCACCUUCACAGACAUCAUAACUCAACACACUGGAGUAUAUGAAGUAGAGAUCACUGUCAGAAGUAAGAUUAUACAAAAGAGUUUCAAUGUUAAGGGUGUGAUUAACUCAGAAUCAGAUCAACUACAGUCAGUGUCAGUAAAAUAUGCAGAUUCUGUUACUCUACACACUGAUGUUCCUGAUAUCAAGAAAUAUGAUGUGAUACAGUGGAGAUUUCAAGGGAGUCGUAUAGCUCAUUUCAAUAAAUCAGCCAGUGAAAUAUCAGAAGAUGACGACAUUCAUGAUAAAAGAUUCGGAGACAAACUGCACCUGGAUAUUCAGACCGGAUCUCUUAAAAUCAAAAACAUCAGAACGGAUCUCUCUGGACUUUAUGAAGUAGAUCUCACCAGCAGCAGCGGUUAUACCAUACAUCAGCCAUUCACAGUUACUGUCAGUGGUAAAGUGAAGUCAGUUUCAGUGAUGAAGGGUGAUCCUCUCAUAAUAUACACUGAUGUUCCUGACAUUAAAACAUAUGAUCGAAUACUGUUGAUCUUUGGGAAUGAUAACAAACGGAUUGCUGAUGUAAAUAAACAGAACAAACAAUUCACUCUUUAUGGGAGAUUCAGAGGCAGACUGAAGCUGAAUGAUCAGACCGGAGAUCUCACCAUCACAGACAUCAGAACUGAAGAUGCUGGACUUUAUGAACUGAAGAUGAGCAGCAGAAGACGAUCCAUUCAGAGGAGAUUCAGUGUUACUGUCAGUGAGCAAGGUCUGUCUCCAGCUGCUAUAGCAGGAAUAUCUGUUAUCAUCCUCCUGUUUAUUGCUGCUGGUGGUGCUGCUGCUGGUGUGAUUUACUAUCGCCGUAAGAAAGCUGAACCAAAACAACAACUGGGUAGGAAUCAUCUACAGCGAAAAAAAAGAAUCAUCUACAGCUCUUUUACAAAGAAAAUGGAGAAAGUCUCAGUGAAUGAGGGGAAGUCUUACACACUGAAGAAUACUCUUACUGACAUACAGAGAGGUGAUCUGAUAGAGUGGACAUUUAAAGAAACUCUCAUAGCUGAAAUUAAUCCUGCAAACAAAAGCCCCAGGACAUAUGAUGGUGAUGAUGAUCUAUUCAGAGAUAAACUGAAGCUGAAUCAUCAGACUGGAGAUCUCACCAUCAAUGACAUCAGAAAGAAACAUGAAGGAGUUUAUAAACUGAUCAUCAAAGAUGGAGGAACCUUACACAAGAGAUUCAUUGUGUCUGUCAGAGAAGGAGAAGAUUCAGCGGGAAGAGAGUACAAGGGCCAACGUGGAAAAGAGGAAAAGGGCCAGCGGGCGGGAGAGAAGAAGGGCGUGCGGGCAAGGGAGAAGUAG